AUGACGACAGACGAUCCAGCCAUCACCGAAGCUCUCGAACAGCACUUCGGCCCCACCCUCCCCUCAACCCCCGACAUCCUCGCCGAACUCCACUCCAUCCUCCGCCUCUACUCCCUCGACCCCCAAGAACUCUUUUACAAAUGGGAAUCAUGGUGUAUCCAACAAAACUCUGCCGAGAGUGAAGUUGUACUCACAUUGGAGAACGUGAGGAAUUUCAAGAAGGAUGUUCAGGCGCAGUUGGAGAGGGAGGUUAGGCAACAGUCAAGGGUGAAGAAAGAGGGGGGUGUAGGAGCAACGCCGGGGAGUGGGGUAAAGAUUGGGAGGGGUACGGGGUUGGAUGAGUUGAUUGGUAUGGGUGGGGGGAUCAUGCCCGGUACUCCCUCGCCCUCGCUCAAACGAAAGCUGAACACGAAUUCGUCGGCGAAGCGACCCGCCGACUUCGUCGACUCCUCCCCGCUCUCCCAAUCUGCGACCCCCCGCGCCAGCGCCUCACACCUCAACUCCAACCCCAUCGGAACCGGAACGCCGUUUACCGCUCGCCGCAACCCCGGCCUCACAACCGAAACUCUAAACCCCCAUCUCCCACUCCUCACCCACGCUCCCCUCUCUACACCCUUGCCGCUCACAGCCUCCUUCGAACCAAAGAAGUAUCAAUUCAGGACGUGUCACAUGAAACCCACCACCGCCUCAGACGUGUUGGAUGACCGUGUCGACGCGUAUGCAGAAGCGUUGGGCUUGGGCGAGGAAGAAGUGGGAAAUCCGAGUGUGGUUAGGAUGGGGGAAUGUGUUGCCGUGGGACGAGUCGUCGGUGACUCGAACCAAGGAGGUCGGCUUAAUACUGCGAGUUUGUUGUUGGAGACGAGUCGGAGGUAUGGAGCUGGUGCCAGGGUUCCGCUGCGGUUGGCGGAGGAGUUGAAGAGUUUUGCGUUUUUCCCGGGACAGAUCGUUGCGGUGAGGGGGACGAAUGCCGGAGGGGGGUAUUUUGCUGUUAAGGAGAUUUUGUUGUUGCCGCCGUUACCGUUGGCGGCGAGUUCAGUGGAUGAGUUCGCGGAGGAGGGUUACAGGAUCGCCAUCGCGUCAGGUCCAUGGACGAUGGACAAUUCCCUCCUCUUCGAGCCCCUCAAAGAAUUCUGCGGACGGUUCGAAAGGGGUGAGGAGAGGGCUGAGGUCGUCGUCCUCAUGGGGCCCUUUAUCGAUACCGAACACCCGCUUAUCAAGAAUGGGGAUUUUUCUACGGUGGAGGCACAGGUGGAGACAUUGGAUGAGUUGUUUAGGGAGUGUGUGGCAAAGGAGAUCUUGAGGAUUCCGAGUGGGACGACGGUGUUGUUGAUGCCGCAUGUGAGGGACGCGUGUAACCGGCAUGCGUGUUUCCCGCAAGAGGCCUUUGAGCUCAAAUCUCUUGGACUCUCUGGGCAGAAGCAUAUCAAGUCUUUGCCGAGUCCGGCGGUGUUUAAGGUUGGUGAUGUCGUGUUGGGGUGUACGACGAACGACAUCCUCUUCCACCUCUCGAAAGAAGAGUUGGUCCGGAACCCAACACACCAGAAUAUGUUGGCUCGGCUGCCGUCGCACCUCAUCUCCCAACGCAACUUCUAUCCCCUCUUCCCCUCCCCCUCGGGGAACCUCGAUGUUCCCUAUCUGGGAUUGACAGAGUUCGUGGAGGCGGUCCCGGAUUUGUUGGUGACGCCGAGCGAGUUGAAGGGGUUUGCGAAGGUUGUUGAUGGGGUAGUGUGUUUGAAUCCGGGGGUUAUGGCGAAGAGGUUUGCGGCGGGGGGAUGGGCGCGGGUUACGGUGGGGCGGAGGGAGGUGAGGGAGGGGGAGGGGGAGGGAGGGGUGGUGGAGAAUCGGGCGUGGGAGAGGUGUAGGGUUGAUUUGGUUAGGAUUUAA